AUGCGAACAACGGAUGGAAAUUCUUCCUCAUCACAAAGCGUGGAGUUCCACAUACAGAACGAGGAUUUUCCGGCAUUGCCAGGUGCCAUUCCGGUUGACAAUGGACAAACGCAAACUCAGGCAAGUGUUCCUACGAUUACGGAUGGACUGACCACCGAAGCGAGGUACUCCGACAGAUCGAGCAUUGAUCCAAAAACAGGAAUCCAGACAUUCCCGGAUGGCACAGUGCGAAAUAUUCCACCAGGAAUGCUGAAUGAUCAGUUUGGAAUGGCUGGUUUGUUGACGUUUCUGCGAGCUAUUGAAUCAGACCCAGCAAUCGUUGCACUGGCACUGGGCCAUGAUCUUACAACGCUUGGACUGAAUCUCAAUUGCACCGAGUAA